CGUCACAAGCCCCCUCUGUGAUGUCUCGGCGCUCCACGGCUGCUGUCCCGGCGCCAGACCCUUGCUGGCCGUCAUUGCUGACUCCGCCGCGACGGGAUCAGCAGCGCUUCUCGGGCUUGGACCGUCGGGGGCUGCGAAGCACAGCUUCCACGCGGAUCUCGCCUUUCAGAUUUGCCCAUCCUCUCCCCACACCCCCUCCCCCUUCCCCUCCCCGCCCGGGACUCGGCAGAGUCUGACGGGCAUCUCCUGUGUCUGUUGAACCCAGGCCGAGGCCGCCGAACGCCGAGAGAUGGCCUGGGUCGACCUGCACAGCGCGGCCGCCCGCGGCGACCUGGACCAGCUGCGGCGGCACUGGUGGCUGAAGAAGUUCCUCGUCAACAGGCGCAACGCAGACAAGCUGACACCUCUGCAUCUUGCUUGCAUAAAUGGCCAUGCAGAUGUUGUUCGUUUUCUAGUAGGCCAGAAUUGCAAGCUAAAUCCUGGUGACAAAUAUAAGAGAUCACCACUGAUGCUGGCAGUACAGCACCAGCACAGAGAUUGUGUGGCUGUUCUGCUGGAGCAUGGUGCCAACCGUGCCCACAGAGCUGCUACUGGUAACACCGCCCUUCACUUUGCUGUUCUGAUGUCUGACAAAUCUCUAGUGGAGCUGUUACUAGAGCAUGGCGCAGAUAUUGAUGUUAAGAAUGAACUGGGAUACACUCCACUUACUCUUGCGAUCACCGAGCGUUGCAAAGGGAUGAUCGAGUUCCUUCUUCAAAAAGGAGCUGACGUGAAUGCUACAGAUAAUCAUAAAAGGACCCCUAUGGAAGUUGCUGCUAUUCUUCAGGAUAAGGAUGCAGUAGAAGUUCUUCUUCGCAAUGGCGGUGUUAUCAAUAAAGAAGAGACUGGAGCGUUUGGAGUUCGAGCUUUUGAAAGACUAUUUCGAGAUGAGUUGUAA